AGUACUAGGAAUACUAAACUACUCAUCUGUAGCGGCUCUGCUCCCAAGUCUGCAUCUCUUUCCCUUAAUCGGACGGAUCUCAAAAGUAUCCCCACACCGAUUCCUCCCUCCUCCUCCUUCUUGAUUCAUCCAAAUCCCUUCAAAUCUAUACGUACAGUAUUCCUGUAUCUAUUAUCUAUCCAUUUCCCCCCCACAACUAAAUCUCUCCCUCUAGUUGAGUUGUCACUGUCUCAUGGCUUCUUCUCCUGGCAAUCCAAACCAGCCAGGUGGUUCAGGACCAUUCGAUAUGCACAAAUUCUUCAAACCAAACCCUAAUUCACCAAACCCUAAUCCCAAUCAAAACCCUAAUUUAAUUUCCUCCCCUUUCCCACCUCCUAACGCUUCUUACCCUCCACCCACCGUCGCCGGCGCCGGUGCCGGAGGUGUGUACCCGUAUCCACCUCAAACGACAGCAGCCCCAUUUCACCAUCACCACCCUCAAUUCAAUCACCCCCACCUAACCCCCCAAUACACCACCCCACUACCUCAACAUGAUGCCACCCAGUUUGCUCAUCAGCAAAGAUCCAUGUCUUUCCCCACCCCCCCUCUUCAACCACCCCCACCCCAACCUACUAGUCCUCACCAAUUCCCUAAUCCUAAUCCUAACCCUGGUGCUAGGCUUAUGGCUUUAUUGAGUGCUCCCCCUUCUACUCUUGAAAUCCCUCCUAUACAACCUACCACUUCUGGGUCAGAGCUCUCUGAAUUUUCCUCUGGCCCAAAUGUCCCGGGCGCGGGACCUAUGAGAAUGGCGAGCAGCAAGUUGCCUAAAGGCCGGCAUUUGAAUGGUGAUCACAUUAUGUAUGAUAUUGAUGUUAAGUUGCCCAGCGAGGUGCAGCCUCAGCUCGAGGUUACUCCUAUUACAAAGUAUGGGUCGGAUCCGGGUCUUGUAUUGGGUCGGCAAAUUGCAGUUAACAAAACUUACAUAUGUUAUGGAUUGAAAUUGGGGGCUAUUCGGGUUCUUAACAUUAAUACUGCCUUGAGAUCGUUGCUUAAAGGCCUUGCGCAGAGGGUCACAGACAUGGCUUUCUUUGCAGAGGAUGUUCAUCUCUUGGCUAGUGCGAGUAUUGAUGGCCGGGUUUAUGUAUGGAAAAUUACCGAAGGACCAGAUGAAGAAGAUAAGCCACAAAUUACAGGAAAGAUUGUCAUUGCUGUUCAAAUUGUGGGUGAAGGGGAAUCUGUGCACCCACGUGUUUGUUGGCAUUGUCAUAAACAAGAAAUUCUCGUGGUUGGAAUCGGGAGACACAUUUUGAAAAUUGAUACCACUAAAGUGGGAAAAGGUUCAGUUUUUUCAGCUGAGGAACCUCUCAGGUGUCCUGUUGACAAGUUGGUUGAUGGGGUACAACUUGUUGGUACCCACGAUAGAGAAGUGACUGAUUUAUCAAUGUGCCAGUGGAUGACCACGCGUUUGGUAUCUGCUUCAGUGGAUGGCACGAUAAAGAUAUGGGAAGACCGGAAGUCACUUCCUAUAGCAGUUCUCAGGCCUCAUGAUGGUCACCCUGUUAAUUCUGUUACCUUCUUGGCUGCUCCACACCGUCCAGAUCACAUCGUACUCAUCACUGGGGGUCCUCUUAAUCGGGAGGUAAAGAUAUGGGCAUCAGCAAGUGAAGAGGGCUGGUUGCUUCCUAGUGAUGCUGAGUCAUGGCGCUGUACACAGACAUUGGAGCUGAAGAGUUCAGCUGAAGCUCAAGCUGGAGAGGCAUUUUUUAACCAAGUUGUAGCCUUAUCUCAAGCAGGUUUGCUUCUACUAGCAAACGCAAAAAAGAAUGCUAUAUAUGCUGUGCAUCUGGAGUAUGGCCCAAACCCGGUGGCAACCCGGAUGGAUUACAUAGCAGGAUUUACAGUUACCAUGCCAAUUUUGAGUUUCACUGGGACGAGUGAUCUAUUGCCCAAUGGUGAACAGAUUGUUCAGGUGUAUUGUGUACAGACGCAGGCCAUUCAGCAGUAUGCUUUGGACUUAUCCCAAUGCUUGCCACCUCCAACAGAGAAUGUGGUUUUCGAAAGGACGGAAUCCGGUGUUUCGCGUGAUGCUGCUAGCAUUGAAGGAUCUGCUCCUGUUGACCCCCCUAGAAGUAAACAGCAGGAGCUUCCUUUAUCUAGUUCUGCACUUAAAUCAUCUGUACAUGAAGGUGGCUCUGAGAUAUCACCAACAGCUCGACAUCCUACAAGUACUGCACCUACUGAAUCGGCCACCUCUCAAGAAUUAGCUUCCUCCAUUAUAGAAACUAAAUCGUCUACUUUUCCCACUGUAACUAGUGAUUGUGAUAUUGCCCCCAUUGCAUCACCUCCGCCUCCUUUGAGUCCUACAUUGUCUCGAAAACUAUCUGGUUUUAGAGGUCCAUCAAACAGCUUUGAGCGUGGCACCUCUGAUAAUGAGCAAGUUGGGGAUCCAAAAGUUGUUGAAUAUUCAGUUGAUCGGCAAAAGGAGGGCACAACUCCAAAUGUGUCUGAUGUUACUUCCUUGGAUGAUGAACCUAAAAAUGAUGAAUCUAAACUGUCACAGAAUGAUGUUCCCUCGGGUAUCAGUCCCCCUGUUAAGUUCAAGCACCCAACUCAUUUGGUGACUCCUUCAGAAAUAUUGAUGGCUAGAUCAUCCUCUGAGGUUAACAUUGUUAACGAGCAGAAAAGUGAGUCAGAAUUGACUAUACAGGAUGUUGUAAUUAACAAUGACGCCCGUAAUGUAGAGGUGGAUGUUAAAGUUGUUGGUGAAGCAAGAUUCAGUCAGAAAACUGAUGUUGGCUCUCAAGAAGAACUUCAUUCUUUUGUGUCAGAAAAUAAGGAGAAAGCCUUUUGCUCUCAAGCAUCUGAUCUUGGAAUAGAAAUGGCUCGAGAAUGUCGCGCUUUAUCUCCUGAAACCUAUACUGUGGAGGAAUCUAGGCAGUUUGAUGGGGCUGGCAGAAGUGAGGGACCGUUGCAACCUUCAAGUACACUAGAGGAAGAUCGUGACUCUGCAAAGGAGACCUCUGAAAAGGAUCUGGACUCAACAAUGUCAGUCACUGUUCAUCAAGCACCAGCUCCCACUGCAAAAGGGAAAAAGCAAAAGGGGAGGAAUACUCAAGUAUCUGGGCCGUCAUCAUCAUCGCCUAGUGUUUUCAAUUCAACAGAUUCUUUGAAUGAGGNUAUAUAUAUAUUUUUUCUUCUGACUAUGCAAAAAGAUACACAAAAGCAGAUGGAAAUGAUGGUUGCUGUCCCAGUGACCAAAGAAGGAAGAAGACUUGAGGCUGCUCUGGGACGGAGCAUGGAGAAAUCUGUCAAGGCCAAUUCUGAUGCUUUAUGGGCUCGUUUACAAGAAGAGUGUGCAAAACAGGAGAAGUCUCUUCGUGAUCGUACACAACAAAUGGCCAAUUUGAUCUCUAACUGCUUAAACAAGGACAUGCCAGGGCUGAUUGAAAAAUUAAUGAAGAAAGAACUAGCAGCUGUUGGACAAGCUGUGGCACGCAGUAUUACCCCUACUAUUGAGAAAACUGUAUCAGUUGCAAUUUCAGAAGCAUUCCAGAGAGGAGUUGGUGACAAGGCAGUGAACCAACUGGAGAAAGCAGUAAACUCCAAACUUGAAGCUACUGUAGCUAGACAAAUCCAAGCUCAAUUCCAGACCUCUGGCAAGCAAGCUCUGCAGGAAACACUGAAAUCUACUUUGGAAGCUUCAGUGAUCCCUGCCUUCGAGAUGUCAUGCAAGGCAAUGUUUGAGCAAGUAGAUUUAACAUUCCAGAAAGGCAUUGCUGACCACUCGGCUGCUGCGCAACAGCAAUUCGAGUCCAUGCAUUCCCCGUUGGCACUUGCUCUAAGAGAUGCCAUAAAUUCAGCGUCGUCAAUGACUCAGACAUUGAGCGGAGAGCUGGCUGAUAGUCAGAGAAAGUUGCUUGCUCUCGCAGUUUCUGGAGCAAAUCCCCAGUCAGCAAAUCCGCUGGUUAGCCACAUGAAUAAUGGAUCAUUGCUGCAUGAGAAGAUUGAGACACCUCCAGAUCCAACCAAAGAGUUAUCUAGACUGUUAGCGGAGCACAAGUAUGAAGAAGCAUUCACUGCAGCGUUACAAAGAAGUGACGUAUCAAUUGUCUCGUGGUUAUGCUCUCAGGUUGAUUUGCCAGGGAUUUUGUCCUUGAAUCCUCUUCCUCUGAGUCAAGGAGUGCUCCUUUCACUUCUUCAGCAGUUGGCGUGUGAUAUUAGCAAAGAGACGGUCCAAAAACUAUCCUGGAUGAGGGAUGUGUUAACUGCCAUAAAUCCAACUGAUCCGAUGAUCGCAGUGCAUGUGCGGCCCAUCUUUGAACAAGUAUAUCAAAUAUUACACCACCGCAGAAGUAUUGCUACAACCCCCGCUGCUGAGCUUUCAAACAUUCGGCUGAUUUUGCAUGUAAUCAAUUCGAUGUUGAUGAGUAAAUGAUAAAAAAUAUGAACAUGUGUGGUGAAUAUACAAGCCUGUACAAAUCCUAGGAAUAUCCAUGGAAAGGCAAGUCGUACGGUAGAAUUGAAGUCUGCACCAACCUCCUAUUAUCUCUUUUUGUUUUACCUUUUCUAGGUAAAACUGUAAUCAGUUGGGUGAAUUUUCCUGUUGUAGAGACUUAGCACAAAAAAAAAACGAAUACAAUUUUCAAGUUGUAGAGUUAGUAUUUUAGGGUGAGUUUUCCGUAUAUACAGAAUUUUGACUUGUACAUUGUUAUUAUACUCCAAUUUUAAGCGGGAACUCAGAAGUGUUGUUUUUAUUACU